AUGAACGAAUAUAAGUUACGGCCAUACACAGUGAAAAGCACCGGAACCCGUCCGAUCUCCGAAGUUAAGCCGCUGAUGGCCCAGUCAGUACUAUGGUUGGGGACAACAUGGGAAUACUGGGUGCUGUAA